AACCCAUCAAAAACAAAUUACAGUCACUGCAUCCCUAAAGCAUUAAUCCCAGUUGCGUUAUAAAAAUAAAUGAAACGACAAAAAAUAAAUGAAGUGCGCUCGCUAAAUUAAUGAACCUUUAAAUGAAGCGAGCUGACAGCAUGCGGAAUGUACCGUUCGGGGUGACAGAGUGAACAGUUCAUAAAUACGGGAUGAGGAUCGAAAGGACUUACUUUUGGUCGAUGCUUCAGGCGCUGGCUUUGUUACCCACCAUGGCUUUGAAAGAUGCCCAGAUGACGACGAAGAGGUUUUCGGAAGAGCCUGAGUUCGAACGACCCAUCGGCAACCACACUUUCUCCCUUGGAAGAGAAGCGGUGCUGGGCUGUGCAGUCACUAAUCUUGGGAAACAUAAAGUCGGAUGGCUUCGGGCAGAAGACCAAACCGUCCUAACAAUGCAUGAGAGGGCAGUCCUCGGAGCCCGGUAUUCAGUAAACCUGGACGCGCCAAGAACUUGGCAGUUAAGGAUUCGGCCGCUGCGAGCCGAGGAUCGAGGUUGCUACAUGUGCCAGAUAAACACGCAGCCCAGUAUGAAGUGGCAGAUUGGAUGCAUAGAUGUUUAUGUACCACCCGACAUCAUAAGUGACGAUACAUCAGGAGACGUAUCAGUCCAAGAGUUGGAGAACGCCACGUUGACCUGUAAAGCGACAGGGCAUCCACCACCCAAGAUCACAUGGAGGCGAGAGGACCACGAACCCAUACUGCUGAAGAAACCACUUUCCAGAGACUUUGAUAAAGUGGAAAGCUACGUGGGUAGUUCACUACCUUUGUGGCGAGUGGAUCGAAGACAGAUGGGUGCGUUUCUCUGCAUCGCGUCCAACGACGUGCCGCCAGCAGUUAGCAAACGUAUCAUAUUACUAGUCAACUUUGCGCCGACGGUAAAAGUGCCAAAUCAGUUGCUGGGAGCGCCGCUGGGUACCGACGUGAAGCUCAAGUGCUACGUUGAAGCUUAUCCCAACACCAUCAACUACUGGAUCAAAAAUCGAGGGGAAAUGCUCCUUGAUGGGCCUAAAUACACAAUCAGGGAGGAGAAAUCCUCAUACAAAGUUUCCAUGUGGCUCACAAUCCGUCAGUUUUCAAGAAGCGACAUCGGAACGUAUAACUGCGUCAGCACCAACUCCCUUGGCAAAAGUGAGGGCACUCUUAGACUUUAUGAAAUAAAACUCAACUCUUACGCGGAGGAUUUCAGCAAUCAAAUCAGCGUUGCAGGAGGUCUCACGGAAGCAGCGAAAGGCAACACAUCAGAUCCUCUGUACUCAAAAAGGACUUUACUAUCAAUACUGCUUUGUUAUAUUACAUAUUGGUAUAUGUUAACGUAGUCAUUAUAAUAUACAUUUUGUUUUUUGAGUCUCACGUCUGUUUAAAAUGUAAAAAAAAAACAGUUCAUCCAUAUCAAAGUCUUGGAAAUCAGGAGUAAAAAAAAAUUGAUUUUCGUUAGAAUUUAUAGCCACAAAGGAUUUAUGUCUGAGGGUUCGUAAAACUAAUAACUCACUAGUCAGUGCGUGAAUUCUCAAACCACAAAAUUGGUUAGGGGAAUGUAAAGGAAGAUAAAAUAUAUAUGAAGCCAAUUCGGAUAGAAUAAACUAAAAAUAUUUUCAAUCGAAUAUGUGAAUAUACAUUUUUUAGCAAAAACAAUUUAUUUUUAGUUCUUGUAUAUUCUAAUAUAGAUCUCUCAGCUGAUGACAUUACAUUUUUUAUUUCGAUCGUAUUCCUAGUGCAGCCAACAGGAUCCAAAACUAUAUAAGAAGGUUUUUCAAGGUUCUUGUCUACCAAAACUCAGUUUGAUUGUUUUAAAGAUGUGUUUAGAUCUGUUGUCACUUUAUUUAUAUUGAUCAAUAGUAUUCAUAAUACAUUGAACAAAUAAAUUCGUAUAAUAUAUUAAAGGAAAUUUUGCUAUCUUGCGAGUACAACAUGUUUAACAAAAAUAAAACUUAUCAAAUUGACGACGGCGGUUAACGCAUUCAGUAAUUAGCCAACAAAAAUCUGUACAUUUAAGGUGAUAC